AUGAACGUCAACCACAGCAAGCACACCAGCAUCCAACGAGAUGCUAUAAUCACCUCGGGCGAUUACACGGAUACCGAUAGCGUCUUGAUGGUCAACGGCCAACGUGUGGCCGGAACCACCGCACCCCUGCACUUCAACUCGACGGAUGGCACGCCGAUUACACUUGCCAAUAGUGCCACCAUCGCUAGUGGACCCGUCGUCAAUUAUUCAGGGCGGCAGCGUGGAUCGACUCAGGGCCAGCCUGGCACGAACUCGCCGUGCGGUAUUCCUAUCUACAACUCUGCUGGCAAGGUCAUUCGCAUCAAGCACGGACCGGGUUGGCAGGGCCCGCACGCGAGCUUUACAGGUACUCCCGCCUUCGAUUCAUCUGGCAGGCCCACCCAGGCGAAGCAAGGAUAUCCGAACCAAGCCCAGCGCAAGUGA